AUGAGACAUGUCUUCUGGAAUAAUCCAUAUCCUGCUGGCAUUCGUAACACCAGCCGUAGCACAAUCAUUGAUUGGGACGAGGCAGGAAUCUUCCUUGAAACAACCAACAGGAGCUAUGGCAAAUGUAUUGUCAGCUCUCGAGUUAACGAAGAAGGUCACUACAAUCACGCCCAAAAAUACACUCUGAUUGCAGCUGUUUCUGGUGGACCCAACGGAGCUUGUUGGUUUGACUUCAAAUUGAAGGCUGGGACAACGGUCUUGGAUACUUACGACUUCCUUGAUGAAAUCAUAAACAAUUUGGGGGAUGGAGGCAUUGGUGGUGCUGUUCCAACCCACACUUUCAUUUGUGACAAUUUUUAA